UGUAACCUAAGGUAGAACAUUUCAAGUAUACAUUUUCCAGUACAAGCAAUAUUGGUUUAAGCUUAAAGAGAAAGUGCACCUCCUUUUAAUGACAGGACAUAGUGUUCUCAAAUACAUGGAUACUGGGACACAGCAAACUAAACUGAAGAUGGAAGAGUAAUUUAAGAGGAGAUUUCCAAGGGGAAAACCUUAAAGAACAGAAGCACGAACAAGAAGAGAAAAAUUGUGAGCUAAACGUUUUUAUGAGCAAGAUCAAUUGCAACAUCUGUGCCAAUAAGUUUCAGUUAACACCACAACUCUUCAAAAAUAUUUCAAGUUUUGUUUGGUGACAAUAUAUUUUUUUUUCUUUUUACACAAAUUUCUGAAGCACUUUAUUUACUGAUUUGGAGAAACUGACAGAUCUGUUAGGACAUCUGGCAGAUUAAACAAAGAAAUGAUGUUAAACUCCGAACAGACGGAGAUUCCCGCACAUUCAGAGACUGAAUCUGUCUUCAGCGAUUGUGGAGGAGGUUUAAAUGAUGCCGGGGGGAUCAGUUUAUGUGGAGAAACCCGUAUAUGUGAUGCCAAUGAUGCUGUCAAAAGAGAGCUCCAGCACUUAAGCAGAGAAGAACGACGUAGACGGAGAAGGGCAACUGCAAAGUACCGCACAGCUCAUGCUACUCGGGAGCGUAUCAGAGUAGAAGCCUUCAACUUGGCCUUUGCAGAACUUCGUAAACUUCUUCCUACGCUACCUCCUGACAAGAAGCUGUCUAAAAUUGAGAUCCUGCGAUUGGCUAUCUGCUACAUCUCUUAUCUUAACCAUGUUCUGGAUGUUUGA